AUGUCUGAAUUGCCGUCGGUCAUGAACCCCGACGCCGCAAUUGAUGAUCCACAGACGACGGUGCUGCUGCGCAUGCGAGUUCAAGGUGUGUGUGUCGGCUACUGCCUCCCCACGGGCGAGUUCAUCUUCGCCACAAAAGGCAGUCCCAAGUUCUUUGUCCCUGGUGGCGGCGACGAAGCUUCCACGCUGUACGGCGAGUCGCUCCUGUCAUUCUUGUCGUCGUUGGACAUUCAGCGCUAUUGGCAAUACAUGAAUGAUGUGCAGACCCAUCUGCACUUCUUGGACUGCAGCAACAAGGACAAGUCCAUGGACAUCCGUCCGAUCCUGGCCAACAUUGAAGGCACGCACACCACCAUCCUCUUGGAAGCCAUCUCCGCCCCCCUCACAUUGCGCCUGCAACGAUGCAUCGACGCCGUCCAGAACGUCGAGCCCACACGCCGGUUCAGCGACGAGUCAACAUUUGUCAUCGACGACGACGACUACCAGUCCGUGAUUGCCAACGGCGCGCUGCAAGUGUCUGUCCAUCGCAUGGAGUCCGUGACAUGCGCGUCGUCGUGGACUGAGCGAGACUCGGAAGCAUCUCUGGCAGACUUUGCAUUUGACCUACAAGAUGACUGGGGUCGACCUAUGGUGGAAUUGGAUGAUUUGCCCUACCAUUUCGACACCUCCGCUGGAAUAUCGUUUGACUUGAGCAGUCCCGUGGCGACUAGUCAAGUGUAG